UAGUACACUGACACCCUCACAAUCAAUUUCAUUAGACUUAUCAAAAAACAACAUGAAUUCGCGUAAAACGCAUUCUACUUUGAAAGAUCUUGACUCUAUGGAUGGAGACAGCAGAGCACGAAUCAAAGUAGUCGAUCGUCCUACAUUCAUUUUAAAAACUCGAGAAGGUGAGAGCCGUGCAGUAUCUCCGAGUCAAAGAAAUGGUAGCAAAAGAGAUGCUGAUUACCAAUCUACUACUUUCUCAAAAUCAUUGGAUACUCGUCCUGUACUCUCCACACGCCUCGAAAUGACCAAUGCCAUUAAGUUCAUGGAUGAAAAUAUGCAACUCAUGGAAAACCCUUUAGACUAUUUGUAUGAUCAACAAGAUUUUGUGGUUGUCGGCUGCAUCGGUACCAGAGGUGUUGGGAAGUCAACUAUACUGUCAAUGCUAACAUCUAAUUAUGUGGCUGAUGUCUUUGCGACGCAAACAUUAUCUCAUCAUGAAAGUGGAUCAAAUUGUACAUCAGGGAUAGAUUUUUACAUCACCAAAAGCAGAGUGAUCUAUUUGGAUACUCAACCUAUACUAUCUGGGGCAGCAGUUGACCAUGCUGGAUUGUAUGAGCAAAAAAAAAAUUCGAAUGAUUUUGCUAAUACAGAAAAUAAUGUGGAACUGCAGUCUUUACAAUUUACAUCGUUCUUACUAUCUGUUUGCCAUGUUAUAAUAUUCAUUCAGGAUUGGUUUGUAGACCCCAAUUUAAUCAGAUUCAUACAGACUGCCGAAAUGCUGAAACCUUCUUCGGCAUCAGCCAUAGACCAAGACUUUGUUGAAUACUAUCCGCACAUACUCUUUUUACACAAUAAGGCAGAGUUACAGGACUUCAUGCCUGAUACAGUAGACAUGAUGAGCGAUUUUUAUAAUAAAGUACUCACAAAUUCUAGAUUGCAAACGCACAGUGGAUUGAAUAUGGGUUCUUCCAUUGUUGAAGGCCAACUAAAUUUAUUCAUUGUUCCAAAGAUCACUAGUGAAGAAGAUCUGGUUAUUCACGAGAGUGAAGCCAAGCUUAUAGAGAAAUUGCGCAUGAGAAUACAUGGGGUUUCUCGAAAUCCAAUGACUCCAGCUGUACUGACAGAGAAAAAUUGGUACCACUAUGCUUCGAAGGUUAUAGAUGCGAUAAAAAAAAGUCAUUUGUUUUCGGAGUAUGGAAGAUUGAUGCCAUGAAAGCAAAACUGUGGCCUAAAUGGAAUGAAGAUUAUUACGUCAAAGGGAUGUGAGAAAGAUUUCAUUUGCUUCAGAUGAUAGUAAAUGUAUAAACUCUGUACAGCAGUUUAAAAUCAACUCUCUCGACUCAUUUGCCACUCGUAUAUGAGGGAGGAUCUCUUUAAUCAUUUUAUUAAUCGAAGCACGAGGUAAAGU